AUGACAUACCGCGCUCCUGCUUCCUGGGGGUGGGGGGAGCCCGGCCCCAGCAGCGCGCUCUGGACAGGGCGGGCACUAGAGCCUCCUCCCGCAAAUCCCCGGGACCUCUCUGCCCUUCUCCAUCCCCUGUCAAGCAGCCGGGGCGAGCGGAGAGGGGCACGAUCGGCGCCCGGAGCGCAUGGAAGCUCGCCGCGCCUCCGCUCGGCCACCAUGGACGGCUACCCGGAGCGCAGCCCCGACGGUAACAACUUCUCGGGUAGCAACAGUGUCCUUGAUCAUCCAGACUGGCUCACCAGCAUUGAUUCCCGGCUGCGGAGCCAGGAAGAGGAGCUGACCCUGGUGAAGUCAGCCUUGGCGGAUGCGCUGCGGAGACUCAGCUUCUACGACCAGCAAAUCCCUCUGCUUAGGCGACAGGUGCUUGAAGCAAAUUCCAUCGUUUCAGAAGCCAGAAACCCUUCAGUCCUUCCACAAGACAGUGGUUCCCUCUGGAUCCUACCUCCUGCCCUCUUCAAUGAUUCCAGUUCACCUGCCACACAGCAAAUGGGAGGCCAUAUGGAGCUGGUGCCCGGAGCCAAAAGAACGCAGGAGUCAAGGGUCAGCGUCGGGACACAGACGGAAGAGUCGGCUAUGCUGGCGCUGAAACAAAGACAAAGCCUUAUCAAUGGGCACGACAGGGGAGAGCCAGUCCAAGAUGCCAUUAACCCUGGGGAAAGAGACUGCAUUGGAGGCCCGGGUCAUCUAGACCUGGUUAAGAACUCUUUCAAAAUACAAGAGGCUGAAGCAGACCUGGGCUUUGCCUCUGAGGGGCAAAAUGUUCAGAAGGAAGCCCAGACUCAGGGAGAUGGUUGCUCUCUUCCCGAUGCUUGCUCUGAUGAAAUUGAAGACAUUGGAGAGUCUCCCUCCGAAGACAGCAUGGACAAAGUGCCAAGCAUGGGACAGUCCCAACCUUCGGCUCAGCCACUGGGGCAUGAGACACCAUCCCCCGGGUCUCCAUCCGAAGGGAGCAGCAGCAGCACCCCUGCCUCCCCAGUACCAGCAGCUCAGAGCUUGAUGGCUAGCAAAAAAGAACUGCUGCGGAGAAACAGCUCCUCUGACAAACCCAACAAAGCCAAGCAGCGCCUCACCAAAAAGGCAGCUUCCUCAGCAAACCUCUUGAGUCGCUCCAGCAGUCUUGAGAACCGAACAAAGGAUCCCUCUCUGAGUCCAGGGCCGUUGAGCUCUCGAAGGAUGAAUUAUAACCAAGAAAGACAUUCCACCAAGAUGUUCUUGCGUGGCCGGCCUAUCACCAUGUAUAUCCCUUCUGCUUUCCUGAACUACGACGAGCUGCGCAUGGAAAAGCCAUCUGAGAAAUUACAGUUGGAUUGGGUCUACGGUUACCGAGGUCGCGAUUGCCGUUCCAACCUCUAUGUGUUGACGUCAGGAGAACUGGUCUACUUCACCGCUUGCGUUGUUGUCCUGUACCAUGUGCAGAAUCGCACACAACGCCACUAUCUACGGCACACAGACUGUGUACGCUGCCUAGCUGUGCAUCCAGACAAAGUUCGCGUUGCCUCAGGGCAGAUGGCUGGUGUGGACAAAGAUGGCAAGCCUCUGCAACCCUUUGUUCAUAUCUGGGACUCAUCCACCCUUCUCCCACUGCAGCAGAUUGGGUUGGGAAGCUUUGAGAGAGGAGUUGGUUCCCUUGCCUUCUCCACUGCAGAUGAAGGAAUGUACCUGUGUGUGGUGGAUGAGUCCAACGAACACAUGCUGUCCAUUUGGGACUGUUCCCGUGCCACCAAGCAAGCUGAAAUCAAGAGCACCAACGAAUCUGUUCUGACUGUGGAGUUCAACCCCCAAGACAGCAGCAACAUCAUCACCACCGGAAAAUCUCAUGUCUAUUUCUGGACCUGGAGUGGAAACAGCUUAACGAAAAAGCAGGGAAUCUUUGGGAAAUACAAGAAGCCCAAGUUCAUCCAGUGUUUUGUGUUCGACAUCAACAGCGAUGUCCUCACGGGGGACUCUGAAGGCAACAUCCUGACUUGGGCCCGGGUUGCGGCUGAUGUCCGGACACUGGGCAAGGGAGCUAAAGAGACAUACCAAAUCAGCAAGCAAACGCGGGCCCACGAAGGCAGCAUCUUCUCUUUGUGCCUGUGCCGUGAUGGCUCAGUGCUCAGUGGUGGAGGCAAGGACCGGCGCCUUGUCCAGUGGAGUCCCAGCCUCACCCUGCUGCAAGAGGUGGAGAUCCCAGAACAAUUUGGCGCUGUGCGCACCAUUGCUGAAGGGGAUGGAGGGGAACUGCUCGUGGGAACCACACGCAACGCCCUGCUGCGAGGAAGCUUUGCGGAUGGCUUCCGACCCAUCAUCCAGGGGCACACGGAUGAACUGUGGGGGCUGGGCACUCACCCUUCGCGAGACCUUUUUGUCACCUGUGGCUACGACAAGCAGCUCUGCAUGUGGGAUGGUGGGGAGCACACGCUCGCUUGGAGUGUCACAUUAGAGGAAACGGGGCUCUGUGCCGACUUCCAUCCCAGCGGGAAAGUGGUCACUGUGGGACUCAGCACGGGACGCUGGGUGGUGUUGGACACGGAGACGCAGCAAGUCUUAUUGACCUACACUGAUGGAAACGAGCAGCUCUCCGUGGUGCGUUAUUCACCAGAUGGGGAGUUUUUGGCCAUUGGCUCCCAUGACAACUUCAUCUAUAUAUACAGUGUAGAAGAGAGUGAGCAUAAAUACACCCGAUUUGGCCGCUGCACGGGACACUCCAGUUUCAUCACACAUCUGGACUGGUCCAAGGAUGGAAAAUUCAUUAUGUCCAAUUCAGGGGACUACGAAAUCCUGUAUUGGGAUGUGGCUGGGGGCUGCAAACUACUAAGGAAUCGCUUUGAGAAUAAGGAUCGUGAAUGGGCCUCGUACACCUGUGUACUAGGCUUUCAUGUUUUUGGAGUGUGGCCUGACGGUUCAGAUGGCACUGACAUCAACUCACUUUGUCGGUCCCAUAAUGAGCGGGUAGUGGCUGUAGCGGAUGACUUCUGCAAAGUCCACCUCUUCCAGUAUCCCUGUGCUAAGCCCAAGGCACCAAGCCGCGAAUAUGUGGGACACGGAAGCCAUGUCACCAAUGUGCGCUUCACGCACAGUGAUGGAUAUCUCAUCUCCAUGGGUGGCAAGGACACCAGCAUCUUCCAGUGGCGAGUGCUAGGUGGUAACCUUCCUCGCAGCCGUUCCCUCUCUUCUGCCUCCAUCUCCUCACAGGAUGCUGGGGCCAGCACCUGAAGCCGGAGGUGGUGGAAAUAUGGUGACUUCAGUCUUUGUGAGAAAGGAUAAGGAGGGGGGUGACCUCCCAUGCUAUGAUGAUUCCUUGAGAUUCAAGUCCUCAGAUGGAUGGAUCCAUAGGAAUUUGGGAGCCACUUUCCCUCCCAAUGUGAUUUACUUGGGCUAAAAAUGUGAUUUGCUUUAUUAACAUAGGGGUGAGGGGGGAGUAGCCAGAAUGACAGGCAUUCCUAGGCACGGAAGAACUAGUAUUGUGAAGGAAAAUGUGACGCUGUGUGUUGGAAAGUGGAGAUUCAUUGUCUCUUAAAAGGGACUUUUUGGAGAGAAGGGCUGCUUUUUGGAGGAACGGUAGCCCCAAGGGUUGUGCCCCCUCUUGGCUCCAGUAGUAUCGCCUCGCUCCUUAGAAACCUCAAGACAACUGCGUUUUCUGCAAAGGGAAACACAACUGUCUCCAUCUGCAUACCCCUGCACUUCCCUGGCUGCAGCUGCAACUUUCUGCACUUUGUUUACAUUCCUAGUGACUCUGUCAGAGGCCGGAUCCUGGUCCGCCAUAUAAAUAAGCGGAGCAAGAGAAGGCCUUAACACUGUGAGAGAUUCAGAGAAAUAAACCUUUG